UGACUUGGUGCGCUGCGACGAUGGCUACGGUGAUACGUGGUUGUAUUUCGUAGACGACAUUAACGGCACCACACAUGUGAUGAAUUUCACCCUUCCCACGGAAACCAAGGGAUUUCUCUUUGGCGAUGUCUAUUUUUAUUUGUUUACCAGGCAAAAUACCGACAGCGAAGAGGAGUUAUUGUUUCCUAAAAAUGGUGGUAAAAUUAGGAGUAAAUACUUCAACGAAUCAAAUGACAUCAGAGCCAUUACACAUGGUUGGCUAUCCUCUACACAGUACUGGGCUACCAAUAUGAAAAACGAUCUCCUAAAUGUGUCCGAUUUCAAUGUAAUAUUAGUGGAAUGGAGCGAAUUGGCAAGUAACCCUAUAUAUCCCUGGUCGGCUCUGUGUACAAGAUAUGUGGGGAAACAACUAUAUAAGUUACUCUGUUCUCUCGCCGACUCCUACGACAUAAAAGAUAGGAACAUUCACCUCAUCGGACACAGCCUUGGUGCUCAAGUUAUGGGACACACAGGGAUGUUUUCUAAAGGAAGAAUAAACAGAAUCACUGGCUUGGAUCCUGCCAGACCUCUGUUCGAACUGCCUAACGUCGGGCCGCGGUUCCGGCUGGACGCCUCUGACGCGGAUUUUGUCGACAUCAUCCACAGCUCCGACACACUUGGCUAUAAAUACAGUCAGGGAGACGCAGACUUCUACCCCAAUGGCGGAUCCAAGCAACGUGGCUGCGAGGAUCAACAGUACGAGCAAUCGGAGACUUGCAGUCAUAGUCGGGCUUACAUAUAUUUCAGCGAGUCAAUAAUUACAUCAAACCAUUCGUUCCGCUCAUAUCCAUGCAUGGACUGGGCCACAUACGAAGGUGGCAAAUGUCAUUCUAAUGAAACACUCAUGGGAUACCCAGCUAAUAACCAGGCGUCGGGGGACUACUACUUAACCACGAACGAUAAAUCACCUUAUGGGAUAAGUUAGUAUAAUUAAAUACAAAUUAUCGAGUGUUUUGCUAACACUGGCGUCAGGUAUUAUUCAAGCCAGCCAGGCAACUGACAUUACUUUUAUGACUACGAUCAUCCUAGUGUCACCAGCUGAUGGUUAGUAUAAAAAAUAUUUACUGAUAAUAAAUUAUCCAUUACCCAUAUACAUAGAAUGGAUGUUAACGGAAUAAAACAAGCACAUGAGAAAACAAUAUUUUAUUUUUGCUUUUUUUUAAAUAAUAAAAACAA